GGAAGCGGCGCUCGGGGGCCGGGCCCCGCUGCCGACGCGUCCCGCGCGCUGUGAUGCGAGCGGCCGGGCGCGGCGCGGGAUGAGCUCUGCGCGCGGGGAGGCGGCCGGCCCCUCGGGCCCGCCCCGCCGCCCGUCCCCCGCCCCCGCCGCCGCCGCCGCCCGGCAUGGAGCCGCCCAGCGCCAAGGAGCCGCCGGGGGAGCCGCCGCCCGCCUCCCCCCAGGCCCCGGGGGGGGCGGCGGCGGGCGGGGGCCUGUUCGGGUGGCUGCGGGGCCGCUGCCUGGGCCGGGGGCUCUUCGUGGACCCGGCCCGCGACAAUUUCCGGGCCAUGACCGGGCUGUACAGCUCCAUCCAGCCCGCCGACUCCGUGUACCUCAGCACCCGCACGCACGGCGCCGUCUUCAACCUGGAGUACUCGCCGGACGGGUCAGUGCUGACUGUUGCUUGUGAACAGACUGAGGUCCUGCUUUUUGACCCCAUAUCUUCAAAGCACAUCAAAACUCUCUCUGAAGCUCAUGAGGACUGUGUGAAUAAUAUCAGGUUUCUAGAUAAUCGACUGUUUGCAACUUGCUCUGAUGACACUACGAUAGCACUUUGGGAUCUGAGAAAGCUAAACACAAAAGUGUGUACUUUACAUGGUCACACAAGCUGGGUGAAGAACAUCGAAUAUGACACCAAUACCAGACUACUAGUAACAUCAGGGUUUGAUGGUAAUGUGAUCAUUUGGGACACCAACAGGUGCACCGAAGAAGGAUGUCCUCACAAGAAGUUUUUUCACACCCGUUUUCUCAUGCGGAUGAGACUGACACCAGACUGUUCAAAAAUGUUGAUCUCCACCUCCUCUGGGUAUCUUCUGAUUUUGCACGACCUUGAUUUAACCAAGUCCUUAGAGGUUGGCAGCUAUCCAAUAUUAAGAGCCAGAAGAACUGCAUCAAGUUCAGGAGGUUAUAUACAAAGCAAAAGAGCUUAUCCCAUCUGUCAGAUUUACAUGGCUGCUACUCUGGUUUCAGACACGACAGCUACCAGUUCAUCUGGUCCUAGAGCUGUGGGUUCACCAUGUCACCAAAAUGAUUCCGGUCCGUUGUCUGAGAAACACAUGUCGCGACCCUCCCAACGAGAAGGUGGAUCUCCACGAAAUAGCCUUGAGGUUUUAACACCAGAAGUUCCUGGAGAAAGGGACCGUGGUAAUUGCAUUACAUCGCUGCAGCUCCAUCCCAAAGGAUGGGCUACUCUUCUUCGGUGCUCAAGUAAUACAGAUGACCAGGAGUGGACCUGUGUGUACGAAUUCCAAGAAGGAGCCCCAGUGCGCCCCGUCUCACCUCGUUGUUCUCUCCGAUUGACUCACUGCAUCGAAGAAGCCAAUGUAGGCCGGGGUUACAUCAAAGAACUUUGUUUCAGCCCUGAUGGUCGAAUGAUUUCCUCCCCACAUGGCUACGGGAUCCGCUUGUUGGGAUUUGACACGCAGUGCAGUGAACUUGUCGACUGUUUGCCCAAAGAAGCUGGUCCCUUGCAGGAAAUUCGCUCUCUGUAUUCACACAACGAUGUGGUACUGACGACCAAGUUUUCUCCAACACAUUGUCAGAUUGCCUCAGGGUGCCUUAGUGGACGUGUUUCUUUGUAUCAGCCAAAGUUCUAGGCACAUCUUGCAUCAACAGGAACUUCACAGAUGUUUGUUUUUAUAAUUACUUCAGUUUGGUUGAAGUGUGUUCUUUUAACAAAAAUCUUGUAAAUGUGGACAAGAUCAUAAUUACUAUGGUCUGUGAACAUAGCGAUGAAAUGAGUACUCAGUCCAGCACUGUGUGUGUUCUGACACUACAAGUCAGGCUCUGUGCAUUCUGUUUUCAGCCUUCCAUGCAAACCUUUGCUUCUGAUGAUCCAGUGCCACUGAUUUCCAGGCUUUCUGGUUUCACAGUAGCACUUGUUGGUCUUUCAGCGUGACUUAGGGUGGACUAUCUGCAAGAUGUCUGGCUAGGGCGGAGGGAAUUGUUACACCAAACAAUGCCCACACAUUUCCUGCUGGUACGAUCUUUCCUUGCCACAAAGGAGCUGGACUUCCUGACAUACUCUCACUUGGCCUCCGAUUGCUGUAACUUUUCUCUACAACAAUUAGGUAAUGGAGCUGUUCUCCUGCACACUAGAUUAGUUUAGCCACAAAGAAACACUUUCCUUUCACAAUAUAAUGAUUGACUAGAAAAAUGUUUUCACCUUUCUGUAAUGUUUUGCUAUAGUUAAAUCUCUUAGCUUGUUUUCCUUAAUGUGCAUACAUUGUGUUUUAUUAUAAGAUGGUAGAAGGUCAGGGUGGAGAUGCAUUUCCUCCGUGAAUUCAGUAGGAAGACAUUGCCAUAUUGAGCAGGGAAGCCAGAGUUGAUCAUUGCAAAGUUGUUGUUUGGAAUGUUUUGACAUAAAAUUACAAGUUAAAAAUGCCCCCGGCGGAGUAAGUUGUGCCCCAGACACUAAGGUUUCUAAUUGCUGCCCUUGUUGUAGGAAGCUUUCCACAUUAAUAAAAAAUCGUAAUCACAUUUUGUUUCGAAACGUAAGAAAUGCUACACUCUAAGUUUCCCUUUGUGUUACCAAGGCUGAGCUGCAUAAUAAAAUACCCUUUUGUAACAUGCCCAGAUCUUAGCCACCACCUUUGCAAAAGAAUUAGCCUGCAGAGAGCCUGUUGUCAUUCUGCCAAACGAAGCAGCCCUUCAGAUUCCACAGUCAGUCUGGAACAGAGCACAGUAUAUACAGGCUAAAUAUAUAAUUAUCUGGAUUCAACUGGAUUUUUCAGCAGCAAGAAUGCACGGAUAUAAUUACUCAGUUUCACUUAUCCUCAGUGCUGUUUACCCUUCUGAACAUAGUUGCUUCACUAGUAAUCACAAGAACAUAAUGUUCUGAAUAUCAUUUUUAUCUGCAGAAAAAAAGAUUGUCCUCUAGUGGCUCAAAACCCAACAGUGUGCAAGUGGAUGUAGGUAUAAUUUCAUAGUAUGGGUAGAAAGCAAAUGAAUUUAAUCAUAUUUAAAAUUUGGAAUUCCUAUUGCAUGAAACUAGGAACUAAACUUUUCCAGACUUGACAAGUGCACAGACUAUCGUUAAGGAGGAGAUGAACGUGGCUUCCUCCUAGUCCCCUUCUGGAGGCAGCAAACCUUUCUACAUGCUCUUAGUAGGGACACUUGCUCAGCUACAGUACUAACUAGGUUAAAAAGUUUUUUUAAAACCCACAGUCAGUUUAAAUAUAUAGGAAUGAGACUUUACACUAGAAAUUGCCAGUAAAAGACUUCCUAACCUAAAUUGUACUUAGCUUAUCCCUGAGGCUUUAGUAAGUGAAACACUCCUGGGGACUUGACCUGAUUUGGACCCAGUGAAAUGGGAGAAUUUUGCCUGAAAGAAUAUAGAUUUUAGUCCGCAGUGGUAUCUGAAGGGAUUUUAAACAAAAUAUACUUUAAUGUAGAUUGACUCUUGAACAAAAAACAGUCUGCAGAAGGCACUACAGGUCCAGGGUGGAAAAUUAAAUGCUGAUUAGGUCCAGUAGAUGAAGAUCUGGAAUCCUGCCAAUGGACUGGAUCACUCCAUGAGUCAUGCCCUGUGUGUGUGUACCAGAAUGGAUCAGUGGAACUCACUCUGAGUGGCUGGUGCCUCAUGGGAAAGCUUUGGAGAAAUUGAUUUAGGAACCCAGCUGCUUUUUGCUACUGAGGGUAUUUGCAUGAAGAUUGGAUUGUUGUUGCUUUUGGAGGAAGGUUAAUCUACUCCUGUGUCAUCUCCUGUUUGAAAUUAUAUUUAACUCCAUAGCAACUAAUUGUCUGAGGAUUGAGUUCAAGUGACUGAACAUGCAGCAACUGAGAAACAAAAUUCCCUAUUUCCGCACAAAAUAAGCUGGAGUUGUUGAAUCCUUCCCUACCCACCCCCAUUUCUCCUGUAUUAAAUGAACUCUCUGUAUAAUAGCCUUGCGUUUUGAGGGGGCAGUGGCUCUUAACCUAGUCAUACUUUUACGUUUAAUGGAGCAAAGUCUAGGGCUAUCCCUUCGUCGUCUUACAGCAACUGAUGUACUCAGGUACUUAUGCCCAAAAUGAAAGGACAUGCCUUAGAUUCAGUGUGUUAUUGAAGUGAAAACUGGGUACUACAUGAGCUCUUUUAUCACUGGCGCUACUACCAGGAGCUCAGAACAGCAGUGAUGGGAGAUGUACAAGUAAGUGAUCAAAUUAUGUAUUCUCUUGGCAUUAAAAGCUUGUUUUAAAACAAA